AUGUCGAACGACGCGCCUCCGCCCUCUGAGCCCUCGCCACUGUCCUCCUCCGCCAUCCCCUCCUCAUUCGACUCGACUCCGGAAUUCUACGAAGAAAAGCGCUUCCAGAAGCUAUGGCGCAAGCUGCGUCAAGAGCCCCUCAUCCCCUUGGGCUGCGCGGCAACAUGCUACGCGCUGUACAUGGCCACAAAGUCCAUCCGCGCAGGCGACCACCAUCAGACGAAUCGCAUGUUCAGAGCUAGAAUCUAUGCCCAGGGCUUCACGCUCCUGGCGCUGGUGGCGGGGAGUAUUUUCUACAAGGACGAGCGAUUGAAGAGAAAGGCCUUUGAGGCCAAGUUGGAGGAGAAGAAAGUCGCGGAGAAGCGGGAGAAGUGGUUGGCCGAGUUGGAGGCCCGGGACAAGGAAGACAGAGAGUGGAGAGAUCGCAUCGAGAAGGCGAGUGUGGCUGCGAGGGACGCGGCUGAGGGAGUCAAGGAGAAGGCUGGCAGGAUGAUUGACGGGGGGAAGGUCGAGGAGCUAGUCCCUCCACCCGGGGACCUGCAGUCGCAGGAGGAAGGGAAGAAGAAGGCUGGCUGGUUGUUUGGGAAUAAGAGCGUGUUGGAGGAGGUGUGUGAGGAGGGCUGGGGUCCGGGGACGUGGGCACAGAGGGCGCGAGAUGCUUGGAGGAGGGCUUGA